AUGAUCAUUGAAAACGAAGUGACAUUCAAUCGUUUUGAUCACAAAGAUACCACAUUUAGUUUACUUAUAAAAUCAACAAUUACAUUUACGACAAUCGUUCUCGUUGGUCUCGUGUUUUAUUAUCAUCGAAUUGAUUUAAGUCUCUAUUGUGUGGAUAAUUCAAUCGAUGAUUGGCGUAUUGCAUUAACACGUACAAAGAUACUCUCAAUUAUCUUCGAAGCCUUUGUUUCAACAACGACAACAACAACAACACAAAUGACGACAUCAACAAUUAACACAAACGACGAACCACAAGCAUUUGUACCGAUCGAUGUGAUGUUGAGUUUACCAAUGUUUUGUCGGUUGUAUCUAAUUGCUCGAUUUAUCAUGCUCCAUUCCCAUCAGGGCUGGAGCCGGUUAAAAAUAUUCCCACCGUUCCGAUCCGACCGGUUUCUAUCCCAUGUUCAACCGGUGAAAUUCCGGCAAAAAAUGGUGUUACUUGUAAAAACCGAACCAGAACCAACCAUUCCAGCACCCGAGAUGAUAAUAACCAACGGAAAACACGAAUUUUUAUUGUUAUUCAAGCCGGCAGAAGUCGAUUUCGAAUACAAACUCAACGUAAGUACUUUGGAGAAACUCGAGUAUCUGUCAUAUCGAGUCAAACUGAAUUUCGGCGAAUGCAAGUGGGCAGACGCUCUCGUAGAUAUUGCAGAAAUCGAAAUACUCAGCAAAUUAAACGAUCGCCUUCGGAUGAUCAAAGCAGAGGUCACAGUACAAACAAAUCUUCAACAAACAAGAGAAACUAUUUCGAAAGCAAUAGCUAUUGGAGUGGAAAAGAAGAAGAAAAACAAAUAUGACCAACUAUUGAAGUUUAUCGACGAGACAAAUAUCAUCGAUCACUCAGAAAAAGAAGAAAACAUGCCACCUCUGAAAAGAACAAGAAUUAGUUCAACAACAACCAAUGGCAGCAUCUGA